UCCUCGAAUGCAAGUUUUUCCGUUGAAAGAGCAGAAAAUGACCAAAGCUCGCUUCUUGAAACAAAGGUGAAAACAUACAUAAAGGAAGGUGAUAUCCAAGCUGCGCUACAGCUGUUCGAAGAGAGCAGAAAAGACUCUGGUGUUAAGCUUGCAUGGUCAGUAGAAGGGGCUAGUUCUUUGUUGCACAUGUUUUCUGAACAUGGUGAACACAAAGCUGUCGAUCGAUUAUAUAAAGAUAUGCAGAAGAAUGUCACUUACAUUGGGGAAGGAGCUAAAACAACUGUGAUCAAGUCCUACUGCAAUCGGCAUCAGUUUGAUAAGGCUAUUGAAAUGUUACAUGAAAUCACAAAUGACAACAUGAUCCACCAUACACGUCACUAUGAUUAUGUGAUUAAAACCUUGGCUCAAAAUGGUUUGACCAAAAAAGCCUUUCAGCUUUUUGACGAAAAAUGUCAACAACAGGCUCACUGUCGUGCUAGCAGAGGUGACAGAUGUUUAACGGUAGAUAAGGAAAUGAUUGCGUCGCUGCUUAACCCUAUGAACAUACCACAACCCUUGCCUAAAGACGGUGAAGGUGUCGCUUCAAACAGGAAAUGUGAUGAUGAAGAAGCUGCCAAAAGACACAAGGUGUAUAAAGGAAUGUCGCUGAAAGUUUUUAGUUACCUUCAACAUGCAGGAGUAAAACUUCCAGGUCAAUUACUCCAGGUAAUCCGUCACUGGUUCAGACAUGACCCAUAUUAUUCCUGGACAUGGAAGAACAGUAAGGUUUCUGAGAUAGGAAUGUGUUCAAACUGUGGAAAUCACCUGACAUGUGGCAUAGCCCCAAGUGAGAUUUCUCAGCUCGAAUGUGAAAUUAUCAAGCUGUCAAGUUGUCUUGAACAAAAUGUAACUAUACUCCAUGGUAAAAAGCUGGAUAAGAGAAUGUGCCAAGAGCUGGAUGACUUUAAACAGUUUGUUAAACAGCAAGGGCCAUUUGAUGUCAUUAUUGAUGGUCUUAACGUUGGACUUCACGGAUCAAUGGCGAACAGAAAGAAUAUGGUAUUCUCAACAGAUAGGAUCAAAGAGACUGCACGCAACUUUGCUAGUCAGAAGAAGAAAGUACUGCUAAUUAUUCGUCACAAUGCUCUAGUUUGGAAUCGCGCUCAAAGCUUAAUUAAUAAUUUGGAGAACAUUUGCUCUGUGUAUACAAACAAGUUUAACAAUGACGACUUAUAUCUUUUGUAUGCUGCAGCAUUCAGUGGGAUGCAACAGGUUCAAAUAGUAACCAAUGACAGACUCAGGGAUCAUCGGCUUUUAUUACCAAUCAACUUGUGGUGGACAUUUUUGAGGUGGACAAGGUUGAAUUGUGUAUCCUUUUCAACUAGUGCCAAUGGCAAACUCAAAUUCUUCCAGCAAAACUUUGACCCAGUGGUUCAACGUGCUGGAAAUUCUUGGCACUUCCCUGCUAAAGAUGAUACGUGGAGAUGUGUGACAAGAGCAGGACUGAAAAAGGAAUUUGAAUAUGACAGUGAGUAG